UCGCUUCUCUACCGCACAUGUAUUAAAGGCGCAGGACCGGCAGCAGGGCAUAUGUUAAACUGUCUCUUCGAAACAAGCAGAGACUCGGCAUUUAAUUAUUGAAUAACAUCAUCCAACUAUGUCAACAACAGGGGUCAUCAGAUGCAAAGCAGCUGUUGCAUGGGAGCUUGGGAAGCCUCUCACCAUUGAGGAUGUGGAGGUGGCCCCACCUAAAGUGCAUGAAGUCCGCAUCAAGAUUAUUGCCUCAGGCGUGUGCCACACAGACCAGGAAUACCUGACUGGACAGUUCAGACAGUUCCCAUUGGUUCUCGGCCAUGAAGCAGCGGGAAUAGUGGAGAGCGUCGGCCCUGAAGUCACAAAAUUCUCACAAGGGGACAAAGUUAUUCCUCUUUUUCUGCCACAGUGUGGGGAAUGUGAACGAUGUCUGAGUCCCAAAACCAAUCAGUGCAGGAAGAACUGGGCAAAUACACAAGCGGGUGUAAUGGCUGAUGGCACUAGCAGGAUAUCUUACAAGGGCCAGCAGGUGUACCAGUUCCUUGGAGUCAGCUCUUUCUCCCAGUACACUGUGGUCCCAGAUACCUCACUAGCAAAGAUAAGAAGUGAUGCACCGCUUGACAAAGUGUGUCUACUAGGGUGUGGCGUCUCUACCGGUUAUGGUGCUGCGGUUAAAGCAGCCAAGGUCGAGGCAGAUUCCUCGUGUGCCGUGUUUGGCCUCGGAGCUGUCGGACUGGCGGCCAUCAUGGGCUGCCAGGCUGCUAAGGCCAGCAGGAUCAUUGGCGUGGACGUAAACCCAGAGAGGUUUGAGAAAGCCAGACUGUUCGGAGCCACUGAAUGUGUCAACCCCAAAAAUCAUGCCAAGACCAUCCAGGAGGUUCUGCUGGACCUGACAAGCGGGGGGGUGGACUACGCUCUGGAGUGUGUCGGGAGUCCAGUUGUUAUGACCUCUGCGUUCGAGUCCACUAGAGAUGCCUGCGGAACCUGUGUCAUUGUAGGAUGGUCGGAGUCUGAGGCAAUAAACAUCAAGGUUGAAAAGCUCCUGAUGGGACGCACCUUGAAGGGGACUUAUUUUGGAGAUUGGAAGAGUGUGGAGGAUGUGCCUAAACUGGUGGAUGACUACAUGAAUAAGAAGCUGAAGCUGGAUGAGUUUAUCACCGACCAACUCCCACUGGAGAAAAUUAAUGUGGCCUUUGAACAUAUGAAAAAAGGGAAAGGCAUCCGCACUGUAAUCAAUCUGUGGCCAGAGGAGACUACACCCACAGUGGAAACAGUUUAACAUUACAGACAGAUGAAGAAUCAACAUUCAAUAUCAUUGUCUCCUCUGCGUGCGUGCUAUCAAUCAGACAUGACGCACUUUAGACCACACCCCCUCCUCCCAAAGAAACUUUUCAAGAAUACGAAAGCAGUAAGGAAGAUCAACGGACAGAGGACGAGUUGUGACGGGUGUUUAUGUGACUAGACAUCCUCAUUUUAAAAUGUGUGACAUGCUUCCAGAUUUGUAAAGCUUUCUUGGGGCCUUUUGCCUGAAUAUCUAAAGUUACUUAUCUUUUAUUUCCUCUUUGUGUUUGAACUUUAAAACCUCUGUAAUUGUCUCAGCUUUUUGCAACUUGGAGGAUAUGCUAUCUACAUUUCUAAAAGUCUUAACAGUCCAUCUUAUAUUUUGUAUUUGUGUAACUUUUCUGCAGAUAUCUUCUUGAUAGGAAAUGUGUUAUAAGUGGCAUAGAGUUAAACAAAAAUAUAGACAGCUAACAUUUGCAAAUUGAAAUCAUAUUUACAUUUUUAUUUCUGGGUUCAUUUGUUUCCCCUCUUGCUGUCAUGUCACUUCACGGCGACGUCUCUUUAAGGCGUGAGUCUUCAUGGAGAUAAUUGACAAACAACAGAAAUGUCAGAUGAGGUAAAUGUCAUCACACAAAUAAAAGCAUGUCUGGAAAAAAAUGUCAAAA